UAGUAAACCAACUCAUUCAAUUCAACAUCUCUCUUUUUCUCUCCAUCUCUAGAGAUCAGGGAUAUAGAUCCACUCUAAUCAAAAUCUAUACAUACAUAAUUCUGUAUAUCUUUUUUAAAAUCAAACUAAAAGAAAAAAUAAAAUGGAUCAACUGAUGGGUAAAUUUGGAAGUUACUGGUUGGGUAACAAAGCAAACAAAGAACUUAGUUCCGUUGGCGAUGAUAUUAGUAGUUUGCAAAGCAGUAUCUCUGGUGGAGCAACCUGGUUUGUCAACAAAAUGAAAGGCAAAAUGCAAAAGCCUCUGACUGAACUACUCAAGGAGCACGACUUGCCAGUAGGUAUCUUCCCACGUGACGCCACAAACUACGAGUUUGAUGAACAGACCAAAAAGCUAACGGUAUUUAUACCCGCAAUCUGUGAAGUGGGUUACAGAGACUCUUCCAUUUUAAGGUUUUCAACCACCGUGACUGGCUAUCUUGAAAAGGGAAAGCUAACCGAUGUAGAAGGACUUAAGACAAAAGUUAUGAUCUGGGUUAAAGUAACUUGUAUUACAUCUGAAGGAUCUAAGCUGCAUUUCACGGCUGGUUUGAAGAAGACGAGAAGCAGACAAGCUUAUGAAGCUUGUAGGGACGGGAUUACUGUAGAUAAGUUCUGAUAUAUUGUGGAAUUGUGGUUAAGGUUCUGAAAUAUGGUUAUGUUUUUUUUAGUUAUGUGAAAACUGCACGUGAACUUCAAUGAAAGUGUUAUAUGUUUGGUUUUCCGUUCGUGUAUGCCUGGAAUGAUGUAUUGAAGGUUGUAUAGGCUUUGAAUGUUCAGGUUAUUUGUUUGAUUCUUAA